CGUCGUAUUUUUAUUACAAUUUAUUUUGUGAUAAACUAGUACAGUAGACGGUUGCAUAGAAGAUACGCAACAUAUACACAGGCAAUUAUGGAUCGUUGGCUUGGUAAAACCGCAGUCGUUACUGGCGCUGGAUCCGGCAUCGGUGAAGCAAUUACACAUGCUCUUCUGCAAAACGGAGUAAAUGUGGUUGCUCUGGAAGUUCAGAAAGGAAGAUUAGCAAAACUCGAUGCGGAAUGUAAGCUGAAAGGUUUCCCGGGCAAGUUAUAUACUAUAUGCUGUGAUAUAACUCACGAGGAUGAAAUCGAUGCAGCAUUUUCGCAUAUCGAGACGUUGGGUGGUAUAGAUAUUAUGGUCAAUAAUGCUGGCGUUGUUGCAUCAUCACGAGUAAUAGAGAGUGACAGGAAGACAUUUGAAAGACUGUUAAAUAUUAAUGUCCUCGCAGUCGCUGUGUGUACGAACAAAGCAGUGCGUUUGAUGCUGAAACGAAACGUUGAAGGACACAUUUUCAAUAUCAACAGUAUUUUGAGCCAUUAUUUACCGCUGGAUGGUAUGCCUGACUGUAAUUUAUAUCCCGCUACUAAACAUGCAUCUCUUGCUCUGACUAAUACAGUACGAGCAGAAAUAGCGAAAAUUAAGGCUCCUAUUCGAAUUACGGGUAUUAGUCCUGGUAUUGUAAACACGAAUAUAGCUAUGGGUGCAAUAAAUGACUUUUUGCAGAAAGUACCAAGUCUUCAACCGAAAGACAUAGCGGAUGCGCUCAUUUAUGCUUUGGGAUCAAGACCAGAAGUUCAGAUUACGCAAAUUACCAUCCAGCAUACCGGGGAAUUACCAUGAAGAUUAUCUUUAGUAAGAAGUUUAUCUAUUAAUGUA